AUGCCUUCACUCGCAGAUGAUGACGAUGAUCGCGAUAUUAUAGGUUCGCAAGAUGGUAGUUCCGAUAACGAAGAUGAACAAAUGAGAGAUGUCGAUGACAACGAAGGCGAAGCCGAGAACGACAAUGACAACGACAAUGAUGCCGAUCAAGAUCUCGACCAAGAAGCGGAUGCGGAGAGCCCUUCAAACAAUAGCCAGACGUCCGAUGGGCCCGGAAACGAUGCACAACAGGAAGAUCAAAAUGUGCCGAUGGACUCCCUCCAUGCCUACCGUCCCACUGUCCGGCCGGAGUGUCUGACGGCGACAACCUAUGAUAUAGUCCCGACGACCGCUGCGCCGCAAAGUACGUCCAUCAAUGCCGUGACAUCAACAGGGGAUAUGCGCUGGGUUUUCAGUGGUGGUAGUGAUGGAUAUAUACGAAAAUAUAACUGGGUGGAUUCGAUAAAUGGAAAAUUAAUGCUGACCGUUGCUCAACGGCAUCCUUUUGUCGACAGCGUGGUCAAGGCCGGUGUUUUGAUGAAUUACUGGGAGAAUAUGGACGGGAAUGUCUUGUCUCCAGUUUACUCGCUUGCAGCUCAGAAUGAAGGCUUAUGGUUAUUAUCCGGUCUAGAAUCUGGGAAUAUUCGUCUUCAGACAGUCCGUCAUGAGGAAGGGAGAGAAAUUGCCCUUCUCAAAAGCCACACAUCUGCCGUUUCGGUGCUCAAGCUCGCUCCAGAUGAGCGCAGCCUCCUGUCCGGAAGCUGGGAUAAGCGGGUUCUAGAUUGGGACUUGAACACAGGCCAGGUCAAAACCGCGUUCGGAAUCAGUUCCGGACAGAUUUCUGCGAUAGAAAUCAGACCUGAUUCUGCGCUACCUGUUCCCCAGGAUACUAAAGAGGCGCAAUAUGAGAAAUCUUUCUUGUCAAAUAAUCAUUUACUUCCUUCCGCUAUGGCCAAUGGUACAGCGGGCCACGGUGAUGCCAUCCAUGAUGGCGAUGCUCCAGCAGCAUCUCCGACAGACUCUCUCUUUGGUGGCGCAGACUCCCUUUUCGGUGAUGGUGAUAAUAAUAUGGCAGACGGUGGAGAAGGAUCAGGCGAUGCGGGUAACGUGGGCGAAAACGCAUUGUUUGGAGGUUCGCUUGACAUGGACAUUCGACCUUCCGAAGAAGUGAAGCAGGAACCAGAAAAUACCAUACAGCCCAAUGGCACAGAUCCUUGGGCAGCCCCAGUUGCUGAAUCGAAUGGUGUUCAAAAUGUAGCCUCCCCCAAGGCUGAAGAAACGCGGAGUAAUGAGCCGAUGGAACAAAAAGCUGAACCUGCAGUCAAUGGAUUACCACAUGCGGAGUCGUUGGAAAGUAUGGCGAAUGCUGAAGAUACACAAAUGUCCGAAGGCGCCCCUCAGAUUACAUCCGACACAACAUUCCUUGCAUCUUCCAUGGACGGCACGAUACGAAUAUGGGACAAGCGACAACCUGACCCCGUUGCGCGCAUUACACCUAGAAAUGUGCCGCCCUGGUGUAUGAAUGCGUGCUGGUCCCCUGACGGAAACUACAUAUAUGCAGGCCGCCGAAACGGCACAGUUGAAGAAUAUAGCUUACACAAAGGGCUAAGAGAGCCGGAACGAGUCUUCAAACUACCGCAAGUAGGCGGUGCAGUGACUGCACUAAAGGCUAUGCCCAAUGGGCGACAUCUACUCUGGCAAGUUGCAAUAUGCCGUCAACGGCCAAGGAUUAUGCUAAUCGAUACCAGUGCCUCACACGAUAUUCUUCGACUAUAUGACCUAAAGGGUCAACCACAUAAACACUCUCCCGUUCCAUUCCUCGUUAUUCCAGGUCACCGAACAGGUGUAAUAUCACAGUUGUAUAUCGAUUCGGCUUGUCGAUACUUGAUAUCUGCUAGCGGUAACCGUGGUUGGGAGGGCAAUUCCACUGAAGUCCUGCUAGGUUAUGAGAUCAACGUGUAA